UGCCAAAUGUCCACCCAGCUGAGGGGAUAAUGAAGCAGAGAGGCAGAGAUAGAUAGAUUGGAUGGCCAUGGCCAUGGCAGCAGCGGCAGCCUCCCCCUCUUGCUCACCGCCUCCAUGGCCAGCCUCCUCCAGCAGCAGCUGCUCACUCCUCUACACAGCCACGACCGCACGGCCAGCCGCUUCUCCGAGCGCGCGCCGCCUCCGCCGCCCACGCGCGCUGCCGGAGACGGCGCUGGUGGCGGCCGGGGUGGCGGCGGCGGGGGUGGCCGCCGCCGUGCUCCUGCGGGGCGACCGGAAGGCGGAGCAGCCGGCGCCCACCGAGAAGCAGGAGGCGUCGGAGGAGUGCUCCGCGUGCGGCGGGAGCGGCCUCUGCCCGCGGUGCAAGGGGGAGGGGUUCGUGUUCAAGGAGGUCGGCGAGGAGGCGGCCGGCCGGGCGCGGCGGGCCGCCAAGAACAUGGCCACCCGCUACACCGCCGGCCUCCCCACCAAGUGGACCUACUGCACCCGCUGCUCCUCCACCCGCUCCUGCACCGCCUGCGACGGCUCCGGCGCCGUCCCCGUCCGCGCCAAGACCACCACCACCACCAAUUAGCAAAGCCGCCUCUUUUUCAGUAGCAAUCGCCGCAGCAAGUAUCCAACUCUUCUUCUGCCAUGAAUCGAUCGAUCAAUCAAGGGGAAUUCUUCAUCUUCAUCUUCA